AUGGUAAUGCAACGUCUAUCAAAAGUAAAAUAUGAUCAAAAUCGUCAAGAUCCUCAUUAUGACAUCGGCGAUCAAGUUCUUCUUAGAAUUCAAGGAUCUCGUUCAAAACUCGAUCCUCGUUUCCAUCCAACUCCAGAAAUUAUUGUAAAAACUCAAGAUCUUACGUAUUUUGUUAAAGAUGAAGAUACACAAGAAGAAUUACAAGUCCAAGUUAAUGACCACCGUCGCGUUUAUCUAAAUGUUGCUAUUUCUUUGUUUUUUGUAUUGAUUCUCCAGUGUGGGCGUGUAAAAUUCUUACCUAAAGGUUGGGAAGAAAGUUUUUUGAUAAAAUGUUUACUCGUUCAUAGGCCGGUGACGCGACAUUUCUGCGAACGACAAUACUGCGAAUUUUUCGUCGUACGCGUUUGAGUCUUUUUGGCAGUACGUGGUGAGUGGUGGGCGUGUGGGCAGUGUGAGAGUGAGUUCGAAAAGUAGUUUCACACAGAAUAUAUAUUUUGAUGUCGAGGUAUUGAGCUUUUGAAGUGCUUAUCUGAUAUCUAACUACUAUCCAUUUCAAAACAGAAUGCAGUCGGUUGUUUUUUGAAUAACUAUUGACCAGCGAUAGUUAGAGAGCUGCGAUUUUCAAUUUCUGAAAUUGGAUUGAUGGGACUUUGAAUCUAUGCAAGAAGAACGGAAAAAGCGACAUCUUCAUGUAAGUGUCAUACCAUGCCUGGACAUUUUACAGAAGGUUGCUCACAAAGUACCCAACACAAAUUGUGUUGUCGCUUUUGCUUCGCUUAUUUUACGGAAAUAAUAGAAGAAGAAGGUUAAGUAAAACAAACCAAAUUUACAAAGUUUUUCUUUUUUUCGCCUCGUGUAUAAUUUGCUUAGUUUUCUUGAUUGAAGUUCUGAAAUUAAAGUUUAGGUAUGUAUUUUGUAGAAAAUUUCACGACGCUUCUAUUAAAAAUAGAACUUAUUCCAGGGGACCUAAGGAACAGGAGUUAAUAGCAAAAAUACCGAGACCGGAUUCACGGUUGAAUUUUCUUUUUUGCGAAGGACAUUUCUAAGUCUAUAACUUUCUUACUAGAUGAGCUAACGGGGUCAAUCAAUAGUCAUCUUGUAGAGCGUUUUUUACCGCAUCUUUUUUUCAUAGAGAUAAAUUCACUUGUUUCACUACAGAAAAAUUUAUUAGUCAAAUCGGGUCAGGACUUCUGGGCCAUCCUUUAAAUCUUAUGUGAAAAAGUCUUUUCUUAAACUUAGAACUUAGUCUAUCUUGAUAAAGUAUUUAUGAAAAUAGAUUUUCUUAACAACACCGAGUGUUCCGUUUCGUUCGAAUAGGCUUUACAUUCAAGCAAGUGUAUCAUGUUAGUAGUUUCAAAUCUCUAUACUAUAUAAUGAUCACACAUUAACUUUUACAAAAAAUAAAAUUAUAACUUGUAGCCAAACUCGAGAAAAUAUCCAAACUACGAACUUUACCAGUCAAUUCGAGAGACCGAGCAACACUAAAUAUACGUCUUUUAUAGAUUAAAAAAAAGCAUUUAAAUAAUAUUCAAUAUACGACGAGAAGUCAAAAAAUUAACUAACCAUUGUUCGUUGAAAUUCCAAUUAAGUAAAGAACAGAGUUUCAUUCUAAUUGAUCUGGAUUUUGAAAGAAAAUUAGAUCAAAUCGAUUAGCUUCUAAAAGGAAUAAGUAUUGAAGAAAGUCUUUCGCAGCAAAUUCGAAUACGAUAAUUCUCUUCUGAGAUAUAUUUUAUUUUCAGUGUUGUUAUCAAUGUAUCCACCAUUUACUUUAGUGUAUCACUAGGAUAUGAUGUACUUACCCUACUUACGAGGGAAGUACCCCAACUGACAAAUCGCUUUUUCAACGAAACCGAGUGGACUAUAGAUAGUCGAUGAUGCUGAUUCCGAAUAUCACCAUGAAUGCUGCUGCUAGGCCUUCAAAGACCG